AUGUCGAGGGGCGGUCGCGGUGGCCGCGGUGGAGGUCGUGGUGGAUUUGGAGGGGGUGGCAGGGGAGGAUUUGGCGCUGGCAACCUCCCACCGAUGGGGUUAACCUUUGCAGAUAUUCAAUCCAUGUCUCGAGAGCAGAGUGCAUUGUACCCUGCUGUGGAAGUGCUCCCCGUGCUCACCGAAUACUCGGACGCGGAAAAAGCCAUAUGUGAGCGGCAAAUUGGGUUUGCGAUCCGCCUUAAAACGUCUCGGUACUAUAUUACUGAACAUACAAAAUCAACAGAACUGGAACGAUAUUCCGAUAAAUAUCGUCCAUCCACUGGUACGAGACCCACGCUGAAGCGUAAAGAGCUCCACCAGCCUUUCUUUCCCCAAGACGUGUUCGAGGGAUACUUCAAUCCAAAGAAGAGACGAAAAGGCAUUGAGAAGAAGUCUUCUUCGAAACGCGUCAACCUCGACGAUCUCGGAGAUGACCUCGACGACCCGGAUAAGUCUGAUGCGGACCGUUCAGACGUCGGCUCGCAAGCAGCCGAAGAAGAUUAUGAUGUUGACGAGGAGUAUGACAACGACUAUGCAGAGAACUACUUCGACAAUGGGGAGGGAGAUGAUAUGGAUGAUCUCGGGGGUGGAGGUGGAGGCGAUGAAGGUGGAGGUACGUCUUUCUCGUGCUGA